AUGGCACCUGUCUAUCAUGGUCAGUGGUCAUACAACAUAGACACAUUCUACGCCACUUCCUCUUGCGGUUAUGUCUACCCACGCGCCACAUUGUCCGAGCUAGAUGAAAUCUUCAGUGCACCAUUGGGAGUCAGAAGAACCAGGCCAGACAAUCCGUCCCACUGGUACGAAGCCCAACUUCUCCAUUUUGGACUGCCGCCGACCAAGUCCAAAGCCACAGCAAAGAUGAGGUUGAUGGAUGCCUUCCAAGACGGGACACUCGAUGUCCCGGAGGGAAUACUACGAAUUGAAGAAAAUCUGAGCAGGAAAUGGAUGAAACAAGAUCUGGAAACCCGUAUUCUGGGUCCUUCUGUGCGACCUUCGCUCGAUCCUGGUAUCACAACCGCUCUGGCGAUUGGCACAACGCGACUCAGGGCUCAGAGAACGUCUGGUGGUGAGCAGGAGAAUGAUGUAUUCAGUGCAGGGUUGGCUGGAGGAAGCGGAAUGCAAGGUAAUAUGCAAUCUCAACAGAACGAUAUGCAACCACCCCAUGCUCAGACAAAGAAACGAAAAGGCUUUAACGGAGACCCAUCGACCCACCCUAUGAAGCAUUUCAGAGUUCGUGGUGAAACUGGUGCACCUGACUUGCAGGCCCAGACCCAAAAUCCAAACGACGAGAUCUUCCAGCAGAUGUCAAACGAUAUUCCCGAGUCAGUAGGAAACGGACGUGGACGCUCGGCUCCGGACAGAGGAUUACAGCAAGUCGGAUAUCAAACCGUGCCUCUGUCGUACCAGGGUACUUACGAAACAGUGAGGAUAUCCUUUUGUGCGCAAUGGAUGAAACAAAACCAUCUCUAA